CUCUUGUCACGGUUGCGGAAGCUCCUCGCUCUCUCGCCCUGAACGUGGUGACCGAGGGCGGCUGUAGGGAUCCGACCACUUUGUGAAACUUUCGGGGUCGGCACAAAGCAGCGAUGGCGGCGUCGAAGAGUGGUCCGGGCCUCCGCGCCCAGCCGAACUUGUCUCUAGACCCCAACAUGCAGGAGGAGUUUCAACGGAAACUGCACGGCAUGAAGAAGGUCGAAAAGCUGACACCAGGUGUAAUUUACUUGGGCCAUAUUCCCAAAGGAUUCUUUGAACCCGCAAUCGAGAAAUACUUCUCCCAGUUUGGAACUGUUUUAAGAGUUCGACUUUCACGCAGCAAAAAGACUGGAAACAGCAAAGGAUAUGCUUUUGUGGAGUUUGCAUGUGAGGAAGUUGCCAAAAUCGUUGCAGAAACAAUGAACAACUAUUUAUUUAAUGAAAGGCUCUUAAAAUGUCAGGUUCUUCCACCAGAAAAAGUACAUGCACAACUUUUUGAAGGUAGCCAUACAUCUUUUAAUAAGCCGAGGUUCCCGGCUGUUGCUCGCUACAACAAGAAAAGAACACCAGAGCAAGAAAGUGUGAUGUCCAAGAGACUCCUUGCAAAAGAAAGGCAGUUACGGAAAAGGCUUGCUGAGAAAGGAAUUGACUAUGACUUUCCUGGUUUUGCUGCAGUGUUGCCUCAAAUGAAAAAGCAAGUGUGCACAGAAAUGAAUGACACAGUAAAUAGCCAGGAUGUGACUCCUGUCUGCACACCAACUACUCUAAAACAACGGCAAUCUUUAAAGACACUUGAUGAUACAGAUGAUGAAAUCACAUUCAAGAUACAGCCUGCUGAAAGGACUGCCAAAAAAGAGCAAAUCGACUGAAAAAGUGCAUAAAACGAACAAGUUAAAGAAAACAAAAAGAAAAACUCGUGCCAAGUGAAGUUUGAACAAUUUUAAAAUGAGGAAUCGGAAAAGACACAUUGGUUACCUUUGCAGGAAGUUAGGAUCUACCGCUCAUUGCUAUGUAUUGUUGUGAAGAGUGCUACCGAAGUGAUGUUUUAAUUAAUUGUUUGGUGCAAGUUUUACAUGGAGUAUGAACAAAUAUAUUUAGGAUGCCCUGAUAACUGCUUGUAUUAAAGCUGGAAAGUUCUGCAAUUCAACAAGUCAUUCUUAUUUCCCCAAAAAUAUUCACAAAGCUUAAAUACUUUUGUGCAGUAAUAAUUUUUUUUAAAAUGUCAGUUUAGAAUGUGGCAUUCUAGCCAAAAAUUUAUUUUAAUUAAUUUAAUUUCCAGUUUUGAAUAAACAUCUUUGCUCAAAAUAGGUGUUUGAAAGUUAAGUUGUUUUAUUUUAAAUUAAGACUUGUGUGAUAAAUAUUGAAAGCUAAGUUAGAAAUCAAUAAAAAGGCAUGAAAUACAGAGAGGUUGCAGUAUGUAUUAAAUCAAUUAGCAGAUGGAAAGAAAAAUAUCGCACAAUGCCCUUAUCGACAUACAAGAAGAGGCAACAAGUAAAUGCUGUGCUUAAAAGAAACCAGAUUUAUCUGCUUUGUUUCUUCAGCCUGAAUAUCUAAAGAAAAAUUGGUAUCUACUGACAUUUUGGUAUUGCUAAGAUUACAUAAUAUCAUUGUCAUGAACAGCAGAUUUGGUUAUUGGACACCAUCUUUGUAUCUUAUGAAAUUCAAGGAGAAAGUGAGAACUGCAGAUGCUGGAGAUCAGAGCUGAAAAUGUGUUGCUGGAAAAGCGCAG